CGUUCGUAGCCGUGCUCCCACCCAUCAUUUUCCGUUCGCACAACAACGGUUUAAAGGGUGCUCUCUGGUCCCGGUGGAUAAGUCCAAACUCCAAAGGGAGAAUGCUGAUGAACUCGUUGCUUGUUUGGUUCGUGUAGAAGCUCUCGAAUUCCAUCUCGUCCCACGCCAAGGCCAUUGCAUCAACAAGGAAAUGCUUUCUUCAAAAAAAAAUUAAGUAAACGGUAGGCGGAUUCCUCCUGUGCGGGUAGGGUAGAUUUCCAUCGAAAUCCUCUUGGAAGCAGGCAGCCAUUGGCCUCGCAGCUGCUCGUCUCUUUGCCCCGGCCGGCAUCGGCACCCCGACAUCCCACCUCGCCGCUUUCCCUUUCGCUUUCGGCCUGCGAUCUCACUGCCCCGCUCGCCCCCAAACGGCUUCCUCCUCUGCCCCCCGCUCCACCUUUAUCUUUUGUUCUCUUCUCCCUCCCGCUCCCAGCUGCCAAGCAAGCGACUCCCAGCGGUCACAAACCCCAAACCCCUCGCUUGGCGUCGAGCCGCGCUUUUGCUUCAGCUCCUUCCUCCUCCUCCCCAUCCCGCUUGCACGCCACUCCUCGCUUGAUGCAAAUCUCUCCUCGCUGCUAGUGCUAGCCAGUCGCCACCCCGUUCGGGAUCCGGGAGCAGAUGGAGAAGGAGAGGAGGCAGGGGUUCUUUUCGGCGCUCAAGGGGGAGGUGGUGCGGGGCCUCUCCCCGGCGAGGUCGCGGGGGAAGUCGCUGCUCCCGCGCGCCCGCAAGACGGCCGCGGCGGAGGCCGAGGCGGCGCCGCCCGAGGAGCUCGCCCCGUACGCGCCGGAACAGUUCGUCGCCCACUCCGGCAGCCUCCGCCCGGGCGGCGAGGCCCUGGCGCCGCUCAUGGAGGGCCCGGAGGUCGCCGAGGACGACGCGUGCGGCGAGGAGUCCGCGCGGCGGGACGGGUUCGGGCAGUGGGUCCGCGGCCACCUAGCCCGUGCCCCGCUGGUGGCCGGCGGCGGCGGGGACGCGUCGUUCCGCCGCUCCGACCUCCGCCUCCUCCUCGGCGUCAUGGGCGCGCCGCUCGCGCCCGUCUCGGCCUCCGCCGCGGAGCCGCUGCCGCAUCUCUCCGUCAAGGGCGCCCCCAUUGAGUCGUCGUCGGCGCAGUACAUCCUGCAGCAGUACAUGGCGGCGUCGGGCGGCGCCAAGGUGCUGCGGUCGGUGCGGAACGCGUACGCGAUGGGGAAGGUCCGGAUGGUCGCGUCGGAGUUUGAGACGGCCACCCGGGUGGUCAAGAACCGCGGCUCCGGCGCUGCCUCCGCCGUGGAGCAGGGCGGGUUCGUGCUCUGGCAGAUGUCCCCGGACAUGUGGUACGUCGAGCUCGCCGUCGGCGGCAGCAAGGUCCGCGCCGGCUGCAACGGCCGCCUCGUCUGGCGCCACACGCCGUGGCUCGGCGCCCACGCCGCCAAGGGCCCCGUCCGCCCCCUCCGCCGCGCCCUCCAGGGUCUGGAUCCGCUGUCGACGGCGGGCCUGUUCGCGGAGGCGCGGUGCGUGGGCGAGAAGAAGGUCGGCGGCGAGGACUGCUUCAUCCUGAAGCUGUCGGCGGGCGCGGAGACGCUGCGGCAGCGGAGCGAGGGCCCGGCGGAGAUCAUCCGGCACGUGCUGUUCGGCUACUUCAGCCAGCGCACGGGGCUGCUGGUGCACGUGGAGGACUCGCACCUGACGCGCAUCCAGCCGCACGCCGGCGGCGACGCCGUCUACUGGGAGACCACCAUCAGCUCCUUCCUGGAGGACUACCGCGCCGUGGACGGCGUGAUGAUCGCGCACGCCGGCCGCUCGGCCGUGACGCUGUUCCGGUUCGGCGAGACGGCCAUGAGCCACACCAAGACGCGCAUGGAGGAGGCGUGGACCAUCCAGGAGGCCGCGUUCAACGUGCCGGGCCUCUCCACCGACUGCUUCAUCCCGCCCGCCGACAUCCGGCGCGACUCCGUCGGCGAGCCCCACUGCGAGCUCCCGCCCCGCGGCGGCGGAGGCGGCGGCGCCGCCAAGGCCGGCGCCGUGCACCCCGCGCGCGUCGCCGCCGCGGAGCGCGUGCACCCGCGGCGCGAUGCGGCCGGCGCCGGCGCCGGGGACAAGAUCCACUGGACGGUGGAAAUGUGAGGAGCGGGAGGGGAUCAUUUUACUCGGUUGGAUUCGUAAGAGUGGGUGAGGAUUAGCUAAGCAGCUACUAGCUAGGAAGCAAAACAAAAUCCAGCAAUCCAAUUUGUUCAUAGCACUAGAAACCAAACCUUUCUUCUCCAUCCAAACAGGCAAACACUAACUCCACCUCCUAGUGGCUUGUAUUUCUGUACAGAUGAGCAGCAAAGACUCUCCAUCUCAGUGUUGAAUUGUACUGUAACAUUUGCAAGAAUUUAAGAAUUGACACAGGCAAAACAUCAGAUCUGUGUGCCUAAUUUCGACA